GCCGGCGCCCUGCCGCGGCUGCGCGCCGACACGCUGGCGGUCUCCCUCGGCGGGGCGAGCGGGACCCAGGCGGCGCUGGGCCCUCGGGCCGGCGAGAUCGAGCGGCGGCUGGCGGCGCGGCUGGGCCUGGCGGUGCCGGUGAUGCCCUGGCACGCCCAGCGCGCGCGCCCGGUGGAGAUCGGCGGCUGGAUGGCGGCGGUGACCGGCGCGCUCGGCAAGCUGGCCGGCGACGUGAUCCUGCUGGCCCAGUCGGAGGUGGGGGAGGUGAGCCUGAGCGGCGGCGGCGGCUCCUCGACCAUGCCCAACAAGGUCAACCCCACCCCGGCCGAGGCGGUGGUGGCGCUGGCCCGCCGUGCCGCCGGGGAGGUCGGCGGACUGCACCAGGCGCUGCUGCACGCGCAGGAGCGCAGCGGGUCGGCCUGGCAGCUCGAGUGGCUGACCUUGCCGAGUCUGGCGCUGGCCAGCGGCGCGGCGCUGCGUCAGACGGAGGCGCUGCUGGCGGCGCUGCAGGUGCGGCCGGCGCGCAUGCGCGCCAACCUGGAAGCCGGCAACGGGCUGAUCCUGGCCGAGGCGGCGAGCUUCGCGCUGGCCGCCCACAUGCCGCGCCCCGCGGCCCAGGCCCUGGUCAAGCGGGCCUGCGCCGAGGCGCGCGAGAGCGGGACCCAUCUGAUCGAGGUGCUGCGCCGGCGCACCGAGGCGCCGCUCGACUGGCAGGCGCUGCGCGACCCCGCGGCUCAGACCGGUCGCAGCGAUGCCUUGAUCGACCGGGUGCUGGCCGCCUGGGCGGAGGCGGGCACGCUGCUGCUUUGCGGCACCUUCCCGGUGAUCGCCGGCGGGGGCCGGCCGGCGGCGCAGUUCGGCAUGGAGAUGCAUGACCCGGUGCUCAACCGCGCCCUGGUCCAACGCUAUGCAACGAGAGCGCCCGCGAUGCUGCAGUCCCUUGCCUCCCCCGCCGACCAGUCCCUGCGCGUGUCCGCCGCGGCGCGCAGCGAGCGUGCUCUGGAGCGGGUGGCCGACCUCUCCCUGCUGGAGCUGCGCCGCAUCUUCACCGCCCUCGACCCGGCGCGCAUCCGCCGCGCCGCCGAGGCGGCCGACCGGGUCAUGGAAGACGGGCGCGCGCUGCCGCUGCACGGGCUGACCGUCUCGAUCAAGGAUCUGUUCGACGAGGCGGGGCAGGUGACCGGCGCCGGUUCGCUGGCUCUGCUGUCCAACCGUCCGGCCCGCGAGGAUGCCGAGGUGGUACGCCGCCUGGCCGGCGCCGGGGCGGUGCCCUUCGGCCGCACCACCAUGAGCGAGUUCGCCUAUUCGGGCGUCGGCCUCAAUCCGCACUACGGCACCUGCGGCAACGCGCGCGACCCGCGGCGCAUCCCGGGCGGCUCCACCUCGGGCGGCGCGGUCUCGGUCGCGCUCGGCCUGGUCGACGCCGCGCUGGGCUCCGACACCGGCGGGUCGGUGCGCAUCCCGGCCGCGCUCAACGGUCUGGCCGGCUUCAAGCCCUCGCAGACGGCGGUGCCGCUGAGCGGGGCCUUUCCGCUCGCCGGCAGCUACGAUUCGAUCGGCCCGCUGGCGCGCGACAUCGAGACCUGCGCCGAGCUGCACGCCGUGCUCUCGGCCACGCGGGGGCGGGUCGACCGCGAGGCGGGGGUGCGGGGCCUGCGCAUCGGCCUGCUUUCGAGCGUCGUGGGCGAGGGGUUGGACGACCAGGUGGCGCGCGACUUCGAGACGGCGCUGGGCAAGCUGAGCGCCGCCGGGGCGGAGCUGACGGAGGUCGAGCUGCCGGUGCUGCGCGAGGCCGGCGCCUGCAACCGGGUGAUCGUGGCGGCCGAGGCCCACGCCAUCCACGCGGACCAUCUGGAGCUGCUGGCACGCGACGGCGAUCCGCGCGUGCUGCGCCGCAUCCGCGUGGCCGAGAGCCUGGGCGCGGCAGAGCGGGCCGAGGCCUAUCGCCGACGCCGCGAGGCCCAGACGGCCUGGGCCGAGCUGGCGGCCCAGUGGGAUUUCGUCGUGGCGCCCACCGUGGCGCGCGUGGCGCCAAGCCUCGUGGAGGUGGCCGCGGACUUCGACCGCUUCAACGCCCUGAUGCUGCGCAACACCGCCUGCAUCAACUUCGCCGACGGCUGCGCCGCCACCGUGCCAAUGCAGGCCCCCGGCGCCCUGCCGACCGGCUUGAUGGUCUGUGCCGCCAACGGCGCGGACUGGGCCUGCCUCGACGGCGCGGCGCGGAUCGCCCAGAUCGUCACGCCGGUCGAGCCGCCGGGCGACACUGUUUUCGAUCCAUGGGGCUUCAAUCCAUGGGGGCUUCAAUCCAAGGGCGGCUUCAAUCCAAGGGCCCGUAGCGCGAGCUACCAACGCGUGGAUACAGCCGCAAAGCGCGCCCGGGCGCCGGUUCCCUCGCCCCGGGCGGUGCUUUGGCCGGCGACCGCCGGCAACCGCGCGCUGCGCGCGCUUCUGCUGAUCGCCGCCGGGUCGCUGCUGAUGACCGUCAGCGCCAAGAUCCAGGUGCCGUUCUGGCCGGUGCCGCUGACGCUGCAGACUGCCGCCGCCAUGGGACUGGGUGCGGUGCUGGGCUGGCGCCUCGCCGGUGCGGCCGUGGCCGCCUACCUGGUCCAGGGCGCACUCGGGCUGCCGGUCUUCGCCGGCGGUGGCGGCUUGGCUUAUCUCGUCGGCCCCACCGGCGGCUACCUGAUCGGCUUCUUCGUCGCCGCCGUGGCGGUCGGCUGGCUGGCCGAGCGCGGCUGGGACCGCAGCCCGGCCACGGCCUUCCUGGCCAUGCUGCUGGGCGACGGCCUGCUGUUCGUCUGCGGCGUCGGCUACCUCAGCAGCCUGAUCGGCGUGGAGCAGGCGAUCACCGCGGGGCUGCUGCCCUUCCUGACCGGCGAGGCGCUGAAGAUCGCGCUGGUCACGGCGCUGCUGCCGGCAGGUAGGUCGCAGGCCAUGACAGCAACGCGCGCCCGCUUGACGGAGCUGGCCAGGGGGCCGCUCGGCAAUGCCUACCUGCUGCUCAUCUUCACCACCGCCUCCUGGGGCGGCAACGCCGUGGCCGGGCGCUUCGCGGUGGGCGAGAUCUCGCCGAUGGCGCUGGUCUCGCUGCGCUGGCUGGGCGUGGUGCUGCUGAUCCUGCUGUUCGCCCGCCGCCAGCUUCGCGCCGAGCUGCCGCUGCUGCGCACCCACUGGCGCUACAUGGCCCUGCUCGGCACCCUGGGCUUCACCGUCUUCAACGCCCUCUUCUACACCGCCGCCCAGACCACCACGGCGAUUAACAUCGGCAUCCUUCAGGGCGCGAUCCCGAUCUUCGUGCUGAUCGGCGCCUUCCUGGCCGACCGCACGCCGGUGCGCCCCCUGCAGGUUCUCGGCGUCGCGAUCACCCUGGUCGGCGUGAUCAUCGUCACCUCGGGCGGCGAGCUGCGGCGCCUGCUGAACCUCAGCUUCGCCGAGGGCGAUCUGCUGAUGCUGGUCGCCUGCGCCUUCUACGCCGUCUACACCGUCGCGCUGCGCCGGCGCCCGGCGGUCUCGGCCUUGGCGAUGUUCUCGGUCAUGGCCUUCGCCGCCUUCCUGGCCUCGCUGCCGCUGCUCGCGCUCGAGGUCGCGGCCGGCGCCUUUGUCCAGCCCUCCCCGGCCGGGCUGGCCGUGCUCGGCUUCGUGGUGGUGUUUCCCUCCUUCGUCGCGCAACUCAGCUUCAUGCAGGGGGUCAAGCUGAUCGGCCCGGGCCGGGCGGGGGUCUUCGUCAACCUGGUGCCGAUCUUCGCCUCGCUGUUCUCCGUGCUGCUGCUGGGCGAGGCCUUCGGCCUGCAUCACGCCGCCGCGCUCGCCCUGGUCCUGGGCGGCAUCUGGAUCGCCGAGCGGGGUCUGGCCGUGGACCCGCUGGUCGCCACCAUCGUGAUGCGCUUCGCCGAGCGGCUGAUCGUCGUGCUCGGCGGCUGCCUGGCGAUCUAUUGCGGCUACCGCCUGUUCCUGGCCAUGCCCACGCGCGAGCGCGGCGCCGGCCGGCUGGAGCUGCCCGGCGGCGUCUCGAUCCAUCUUUCCCGGGUCGGCCCGGGGGUCUUCUUCUCGCUGUUCGGCGCCGUCAUCCUCGGCCUGUCAUUCCACUACGGCGUAGCGGUCUCGCUGCCCGAGGCCGCGCCGCGCAGUCAGGCGGCGGUGCAGGGCGCGGCCCCCGCGCAACCCGGCGAGGGGCCGCGCAGCUUCGUCGGGCUUGCCCCGCUGGGCGGCGAGACCGGCGACGUCCAGGCGCGGGAGAGUGGACGGGUCGCGGUCGAGACGGCGGUGCGCCGGCUCAACCAGGCGGCGGACGCGCUGGACCCCGGGCUCGACCCCUACGCCCGCGGCGACAUCGAGCUGGCGCUGCGGCGGGCCAAGCUGGCGCUGAUGCGCUCGGCCUGGAGCCGGGCGGUCUGGGGCGAUCCGGCCGCCUUCGCCGCCUGGGUCGAGCGCGGCGAGAGGAGGGGGGUGAUGCGACACCUGGUCUGGCUUGCGCUGCCGGCGCUGCUGUUGCCGGCCCUGCUGCUCGCGGCCCCGCCGCCGCUGGCGGCCAAGGACUACGGCUCCCUCUACGACGAGGCCACGCUGACCGAGUGGCGCGCGCGCUACCGGCCGGGCAUCCUGGGCAACCUGGACGAGGUGAUCCGACCCAACCUGCGGCCGGCCGAGCUCGCGGCGCUGGAGGGGCUGGAAAUCGACCUGCCGCUGCAUGCGGCGAGCGGGUCGCCGCUUGACUUCUACACCCUGCGGCCGGACCGGGUGGUGCUGCCCGUGCUGUCGCUCAAGUUCUUCGACGACCUGUCGAUCGCCUAUGCCUGGCUGUGGCGCCGGGGCUAUUCGGUGGAGACGGUGCUGGAGUACGUCGGGCUGCUGAAGUACGGGCGCGAGGCCGACUACGGGCGCUGGCCGCCGCCGCUGGAGGCGCUGCAGAUCCCGCUCGACGCGCUCGACGACCCCGAGGUCGACAGCCUGUCGCAGAAGAUCUUCAAAUCGGCCGUCGUCUUCAUUCUGCUGCACGAGAUGGGGCACAUCCUGCACGAUCACCCGGGCUACGGUCCGGCGGUGGCGCGCAGCCAGGCCCGCGCCAACGAGGCCGAGGCCGACGCCUUCGCCCUGGAGGUCAUGCGCCGCCUGCCGGCGCAGCCGACGGGCAUGUUCCUGUUCUUCCAGACGCUGGUCUACUUCGGCGCGAACCGCGGCGACUACGCCAGCGCGGCCGACUACCGGGCCGCGCUGGAGGGAGCCACCCAUCCCCUGACCGCCGAGCGCAUGGGCGCCAUCGCGGAGGUCCUGCGCAGCCGGGCGGCGGACUUCGCCGCCGAGUACCCCACGCGGGCCGCGGGGGUGGCGGCGGCGGGCUAUCUGGCCGAGCAGAUCGACGGCGUCGCAGACCUGGUCGCCGAUCCCGAUCUGCAGCGCCUGAUCGCGCGGGCCUCGCGCAGCGCGACUCUGGCCGGCCUGGCGCCGCGGCGCGCCGGCGAGCUGCUGGGCACGGCCCCGGGCACGACCCCGGGCACGGCUCCGGGCACGGCUCCGGGCGGGGCCUUCGCCGGCGUCUACGACGGCACGCUGACGGCCGCCGGGACCGACUUCGCGGUGCGCCUGAUCCUCCAGCGCGACGGCACGCGGGUCGCCGGCCUCUACAACUACGGCGCCGGCGUCGGCGAACUGGUCGGCGUGGUGGAGGGGCGCACGGCCUACUUCACCUGGCGCUCCGGCGGCGAGCAGGGCCGCGCCCGUCUGACGCUGGAGGGCGGGCGACUGAGCGGGCGCUGGGGCUACCGCGAGUCGGACUCCGACGGCGGCGCCUGGUCGCUGGUGCCGGCCGGCGAGUAG